AUGGGAAAUGCUGCAACUAACAAUGUUAUAAAAAAUAAGAACCCUGAUACUAAAAAAUAUAAUAUUUUAAUUUUAGGCCUUAGUGGGUCUGGGAAAACAACAUUAUUAUAUCAUAACAUUAUACCAGAAUGGUCAAAUAUAACUUCAUGCAUGGAACCAACAAUAUCAUAUCACUAUGAAGAAAUUAAAUUAAUGAACGGACGAAUUGGCUUUUGGGACAUUUCAGGAAACAUUAUAAUGAGAAAUAUAUGGCAACUGAUUUAUCGGAACAUAAUGGUAAAUGCUGUUUUAUACAUUAUUAACAUAAUGGAUAUAUCCGAUGAAACAAUAACAGAAAAUAAUUCACUCAUAAGUCUAUUAUUAAAUGAUGAAUGUUUGCAAACAUCAUGUAUAGUUUUAGUAUUUAAUACUUUUAACGAAGUGAGUAAUAUAGAUGAAACUACUAAAAACGAAUUACUAAUUAGAUAUAAAAUUAAGGAUUUGAUUGAUAAUUAUGGAAAUAGAAUUCAUCAUAUUUUUUUAGAUUGCAAAAGUUGCAAAUUGGACAAAAACUGGAUGAAUUUAAUACAACAAAUUUCUUAUUAUUUUUAA